AUGAGCUUAGUCAUGAACAACCACUUCAAUCGUUUCAGAUCACACAGUUUCGAACAAAAUCUUCCAAUCAAACGCUCCCUUGAAGAUGAAAUUGUAACAUCAAACAAGAGACCAAAAACAGCACCACCUUCGCCUCCAUCAAAUGUGCACUCAAAACCUGUCAUAGAAACCACUAUUGCAAGACCAAAGUUACCACCAUCAAGUCUCAGAUCCAAAUCUUUAUCCCCAAACAAGCAACAAUUUGUAAAUCUCCUUUCACCUUCAAAUUCACCUUCUUCGUCACCCUUGAGAUCACCUGAAAAUCUUAAAUUACCUGGAAUUAGAGCAUUGAGCCAGAACAACGAUACCCCCUGCUCAACAGUUUCACUGGAGUUUUUCGACACCUGCAGUGACAAAAGCUGGAGAUCGGAGUUGUUAGACAAGAUCAUGAAGGAAUCAAAAACCUACCACCUCACUAAAUACAACUACCUCAACAGUAAUUGCAAGCCAAAUUUUACUUCCAAACUCAGUUCCAAGAUUUCAUUACAAACAAAUAUUCCAACACUGGACAAAAAGAUUAAUUUCCCUUUCGAGUCGAAUUACACAUACUUGGACGGUGCAUUCAUGACUGAUGUCAAGAAUUUUCCCCAUUACUUGAAACUUGCCCAUGAAACAAAGUCACUUAAUUCACCACCAACUGAAACACCUCGCACACUCCAAACUUCGGUAUUUUCUCAACCUAAAACUCCAACACCUCAAGUCAACAAAUUACCAAGCUUUUAUACAUUGCCGCUGGUCGGACCUUCACUUACUUCACAUACAACACUAAUUCAUCCUUCUUCCUCAUUGGAUCACCUCCAUGGUAAAAGCGCCUCGUCGCCUACAACAAAUACCACUCACAAAUUUAUAAUUCAAUCUCCUAAACUGUCACGUUCUGAUUUGCCAAAAACACCUCCUAGAACCCAUCACCAUCAGACCAUCACAAGGGCGUGUAUUUCAUGUGGUCUGCAAGAUUCACCAUGUUGGAGGCCCUCAUGGUCCAUAAAAGAGGGCCAACUUUGUAAUUCUUGUGGAUUGAGGUACAAAAAGACAGCAGCGAGAUGUCUUAACGAUGCUUGCAGAAAAGUGCCUGCUAAGGGGGAGUGGGCAUUAAUGCAAAGCAAAGGUAAAGUAACGUUUGAGGAUGGUACAGAAGGCUAUAGUUGUUUGGAUUGUGGUUGGAAAGUAGAGGUUAAGUAA